AAUCCCCCAGGCGGCUUUCUUGGCCUCUGCCCCAAUCCAGAGGACUCCACCUUCCCUUCCGCCGCAACCCGCCUUUCUUCCUCCUCCCAUCGUCGUCCUCGUCCCCUCCUGGGCUAGCGCGGAGCGGGGAUCCAUCCGGAUUCGAUUCUCCUUUUGCUGGUCCGCCGCUCGCACGCGAUGUUUCCCUGUCACGGUGUGGCUACUGCGAAUCCUCAGCUGCUUGGUGCUCCUGCCGCGAGCCGGUAUGGUUCUCCCGCGAGGCCGUCUUUGCGUGCUAGACCGGCUUUUCUGAGCCUGCGGGAUCCUGCAUUUCGUCGUGAGCAGAAAUCCUUCGCUUUGAGAGCUGGUGCGGAUUUUCACCGUCAUGUUCUAUCUUCAUCCUUUGCAAAGUACGAUACCAUCAAGGGCAUCAAGCCACUGCUGCCAUCCCCCAAAUUGCAUCCAAGAACUCAAGUUGGUUGUCAAGCAUCUUUAUCAUCAUUCAGCUAUCCUGAGUUAUCUUCCAAACCUAAAUGGUGGUGGAGAUCCCUAGCAUGUGUACCCUAUCUUCUGCCACUGCACAACAUGUGGGGACACGCAGAUGCCAUCUAUCAGCUUCAUCCAUACUUGCAAAGAUUUAGCCUGCUUUAUGCCUUCAUUGAUACAAUGGCUCUACUCCCUGGGUGGCUUUUUCUGGUGAUCUUCAUGACCAUAUACUUCUUUGUCGUGAGGCGGAAGUGGUCGCCGCACUUCUUGCGGUUUCACAUCAUAUUGGCUAUCCUGCUCGACACAGGCUCACAAGCUCUGGCCACUGCGAUCAACUGGAGUCCAAGCAUAGUUUUCCAGGGUAAGCCAAUGGCAUAUUUCUGGAUGACAAUGGCCUUCAUUCAGAUCUUCACGGUUGUCGAGUGCAUGAGGUGUGCACUUUCAGGGGUGUAUCCAAAUGUUCCAUUUAUAUCUCACACGGCGUUCAUCCAUUCAGAUCUUAACCUGUUCAGGUAGUUGAUCAGUGCGAAGUGCAUUUUUUGGAAUUAAGAGGUGCUGAAUGAGGCUGGUGAGUAAGAGCUUUGAACGUGCUAGGUAGUUUGGAAAAAAAAAAGGACUACACAGAGAGUGUAAUUGUUACUCUUCACUGCAUGAGAGAAUGUAACUGUUACUCUUCACUGUAUUGUUGCCAGUGCUGUUAACUGCAUGUCUCUGAGAGUGUGAUUGUCACUCUUCACUGCAUUGUUGCCAGUGCUGUUAACUGGAGGUCCCUGGGAGUGUGAUCGUUACUCUUCGCUGCA